AUGAUAUCCAACCAAGCCAAAAUAAAUGCUAUUGUGAAAAAUAUUGGAAGACCUCAGGAAUCCGUUUCUGACAACAGAGGUAAAAGGAUUAAAAAAUUUAAACGAUCCGUCAAAAGCGCAAAAAACAAAGACAAAUCUUCUAGAAAUGCUUCUUUAUCUGGUUCCAAAAGUGGUAAAAAAUUACCAGCUUCAAAAUUAAACACACGUAAUAAAGAUACUAGUAUUAAUAUUAAAGUUGAUUGCAACAAAACAAAAUUAGAACCGCCUUUAUUGGAAAACGAGGAUGCAAUAAACCAAAUGUUUAAGAAUCAUGCUGUACUCGCCGAUAUCAUCAGCAAUUCUGAAAAUGCAGGCCCCAUUGAAUUAAAUACUAGAAAAACACGAGCCAGAUUCUAUUCCAAUCCUGGCCACGAUGAUGAAUCUGUGUCCGCCUUUUCGACAGGAAAUUCAUUUAGGGAUCGGUUAUCAUUUGGGGAUUCCUUGAAUCCAAAUCAGUUUUCGUCAAAUUAUCCUUAUGGGAUUCCAUCAUCAAAUCAGAGACAAAAUAAUGCUGAUGAUGCAGAAGGAGUUAACUUCAACUAUGCAGAAGGGCUGACGCCGACACGGAUUGUGAGGCUGAAACAGGGCCUUGUACAAGGGCAAAUCGUAGAAGCAAAAAUGCAACAUGCCCUACCAGGCGUGGAAAGGUAUCUGGGAUUGCCGUAUGCAGCUGCUCCUGUUGGCGGAUUAAGAUUUAUGCCUCCUGGAACAGCUCCUCCAUGGACAGGUUUGCGGUCAGCCAAUCAUUUGCCUCCCGUUUGCCCGCAGACGCCACCGCCGCUAACGGCAUCGUCAAUGGGCCGAAAUCCUUCAUCAUCCGGAGGCUCCGGAGUAUCUCCCGGAAGGUAUGCCCAAUUAAAAAGGCUACUUCCUUAUCUGAGGAACCAGAGUGAGGAUUGUUUGUACUUGAACAUAUACGCUCCUUUGCAAGAAGACACAGGUCCAUUAUAUAAGUAUCCUGUACUAGUUUUCAUCCAUGGUGAAUCUUAUGAAUGGGGCAGCGGUAAUCCAUAUGAUGGAUCAGUCUUGGCAGCCUAUGCGAGAGUGGUUGUCGUCACUGUCAACUUCAGGCUGGGCAUUUUGGGGUUUAUGCGUCCAGGUAUUAAUGAGCAUACAGUAUCAAAUUUUGCACUUUUGGACCAAAUAGCGGCUUUGCAAUGGAUAAAAGACAACAUUGAACGAUUUGGUGGAGACAGAGGUGCUGUCACAGUUGCAGGUCAUGGCACUGGUGCGGCCUGUGCAAGCCUUCUGAUGGUCUCGCCCGUUGCAAAUGGAUUGUUUCAUCGUGCGAUUCUUAUGUCAGGAUCAGCAUUAUCGAUUGGGCAAUGGCAAGUACCCACUACAGUCCACAAUGCAACAAUGCUGGAUCAAGAGCUAUUUUCAUUUGCAACCAUAUUGCUACCAAUAUUUCCAAAUGAAAACUGUUGUCACCAUUGCUUGACAACAAGAUGCUUAAAGUGGGAAGAAUCUGGUACCUCCGAUGAUUCAGACCCAGUCUUUCUAGCCACUUACCUACAAGCCAACCAACAAUGA